AUGUCACAAAAACAAGCUUCCAACGAAUCAUCCCUAUCUAGCAAUAAAUCGUCGGAAACUGAAACCGAAUCCAACGCUAGCGAUGACACAUCCAACAUAGUUUUGGCGGUAGCCUCAAGAGAGUCCUCCCUACCGGCACCAAUCGACAUCAACAUCAAUUUUGCCGAAAAGAUAACCCUGCCGGAACUGCUGUGGCACAACUACGAGAAGCUUCCAAACAAAAUCAAGCUAAGCAACACCGGUGAAACGGUAAUUUUGAGUGCCAAAUGGCCGGGAAAAGAGCCUCCCUACCUGGAAGGCGGUCCCUUGGAGGGAAAGUACAUGUUCUCGCAGCUCCAUUUCCACUGGGGCAACACGGCCGUGGAAGGAAGUGAACACACCAUCGAUGGAGUACACCUCCCGCUGGAGAUGCACAUCGUUCAUUUUAACAAUGCAUUCAAAAGUCAAGAGGAAGCUUUGCAGCAUGUUGGUGGAGUGGUUUCGUUGGUCUAUUUCUUCAAUCUAAAAUCCUCACCAAAUGAGUUUAUAAAACCAGUCAUAGGCAACCUGAAGAAAAUUGUCUUUCCAGAUUCGGCGUUCAAACCGAAUCCCUUCCCGAUUGUAAAUCUCUUCCACACCUUCACCAACGAUUACUUCCUCUACUGGGGAUCGACGAGAAGUGCGUCCCGCAGUCAUCCGAUACUUUGGUUGAUUUCCAGAACACAGGAAUGCAUCGAUUUCCAACAGUUGAUUCAGUUCCGUCAACUGCUGGACCAGCGAAUGCGAGUGAUCCAGCAUGAGCCGACACCCGUUGCGGCACUGGGUGAAAGGCACCUGUACCACGUGAACCCACUGGCGGAGUGCUGCAAUUCUACGCUAUCGGUUUUGCCCCAUUCUAGGUACAGGAAAGAUUGCUGGCUGGUGGACAGGGUGAACAUCGAUAUCGGAUCACCGGGUGGAUGUAAACAAUUGAUCGAAGCGCUACGAAAGGAAAUGAAGAGCAAAGUUGAACGGUAA